UCCUAAGGAAGCUGAUGUGUUAUUCCCUCUCUGCAACGAAGGAUCAGGAAGUUUGUGCUCUCUCCGUGGCUGAGAAGUUUUUCCACCUACUAAGACUGGGGUGGGGUGUGGAAACAGGUGUCUUCCUAAAAUAGAUCGCAAGCUGCAGCCUGAGUCCAACUGUAAUCCAGAAGUAACAUCAGUUACAACGUUAAAGACGUGCUAGUUGCUAUGGAGAAUAUAAAAACCCAAGAAGACAAUAUCACUACCCUCGAGAAGUUUGCAGUUGAGACAGCCAUGCCAAAAGAGAGACUAUAAUCAAUACUUUAAAGGAAGUGAGAAUGACCACUUUAACUCAUCGUACCCGUCGUACUGAAUUAAGCAAGAACUGUGAAAAGAAGGUAGAAAGUGAGGAAGACACUAGUCAAGAGAAGAGUCCAGAUAAUGAAGAUUCUGGUGACGCUAAGGAUAUCCGCCUCACCCUUAUGGAAGAAGUAUUGCUCCUGGGACUGAAAGAUAAAGAGGGUUACACAUCUUUCUGGAAUGACUGCAUAUCAUCUGGCCUGCGAGGGGGCAUCCUGAUAGAGCUGGCUAUGCGAGGUCGAAUCUAUUUGGAACCUCCUACCAUGAGGAAGAAGCGACUUCUAGACAGAAAGGUACUGCUAAAAUCAGACAGCCCAACAGGCGAUGUUUUACUGGAUGAAACUCUCAAACACAUCAAGGCAACUGAACCCACAGAAACUGUCCAGACAUGGAUAGAACUACUUACUGGUGAGACCUGGAAUCCCUUCAAAUUACAGUACCAGCUGAGAAAUGUACGAGAGCGAAUUGCAAAGAACUUAGUAGAGAAGGGUAUUCUAACCACUGAGAAGCAGAAUUUCCUACUAUUUGACAUGACCACUCAUCCAGUGACCAAUACAACAGAGAAACAGCGAUUAGUGAAAAAACUUCAAGAUAGUGUACUAGAGCGGUGGGUAAAUGACCCUCAGCGUAUGGACAAGCGAACAUUAGCACUCCUGGUACUAGCCCACUCAUCUGAUGUACUAGAGAAUGUCUUCUCCUCUCUGACAGAUGACAAGUAUGAUGUGGCAAUGAAUCGAGCCAAAGACCUAGUAGAACUGGACCCAGAAGUGGAGGGGACAAAGCACAAUGCCACAGAGAUGAUCUGGGCUGUUCUAGCAGCCUUCAAUAAAUCUUAAAGCCCGCAGGUGGGGCUUUCCCUUGCCCCUUGCUGGCUGGUGACUAUUAGAGACCCCCAUACUGAGUUUUAUGUGGUGAGAUGUUUUCAUCAUUUUUUUUUCCUUCUCUUGAAUCAAAUCAUGACUUGGGGAAAGCAACUUCAGGGCUUCUCCCUAGAAUUUGACCAUUAUGAGAAGUCUUUAUUUUUCUCUAUAGUUCCACUCCGUAGAUAAAACUGGGUGAACCCACUCACCCCUAUACACACACCACAAACAUUUUCUCCCAUUCCUUGGGUUAGUUUAAUCAGUUAUGUUUUUGGUUAAACAAGUGGGAUUUCUCCAGCAAUAGAAUGUGAUGAAGAGUGAGAUGAAGAGCAAUCUGUUUAUUACAUUUUUUCUGAGUUUGUUGUCUAUCUUAAAUAUAUAUUUUCUGUCUUUGUCUCAGACUCUGUUAAAUAAUGUAGUUUAUUGAAGUCUCUGAGUGAGGGGCAAUGGAAACUAAACUAGUUUUUGGAGAAGCUGGUUUCUGGGAUUAUAGGUCCUGCUAGUGAUUUUCUCAAGUUUCUUUUUCUAAGGUAAUAAAAAUGUCCCAGAUUUGAUUACCUGGAUACCACAAUCUUAAAGCCAGAAAUAGAUUGUAUGCUCCCUCUUAAUGCAAUCCUGCUCCCUCAUUCAUUAAGCUCAAAGACUAAAUGAAAAUUAUGAAGGGAAAUGGGCCUGAGGAUUUCCAUCCUCUUGCAUACAGCUUAAACUUUCAUGCUCUUACUGAGCUGAGGGAAUUGUAAGUUUCUGUUGUGGAAUAAUAGCACCCUGAGUCCAGAAAAUAUAUCCCCAAAUCUCACAUCAUCUUAUCCCUUAAUUUUUGCUUCUUACACAAAUUGAUUAAAUUCUAGGAAUAGUUUUGUCUAUAUUUAACCUAAGAUACCCUUCUAAGUGUGUCUUGUUUCAGAAUAACCAUCAUUCUGACCAAGUCUCUACAAUGUUUUUCACUUCAAUAAAGAGAAUAAAGAGAUAUUUUAUUAAGAAAGUUCCUAAA